GCUCCAUUAGAAAAACCACAGCAGAAGACCAACCAGAGAUCUACCGAUCCGACGCCAGCGGCAACCGCAGCGCUAUAAAAUGGCCGCUCCGGCCUCCUCCUCGUCCGCCACCGCAGCCGCCGCGCCCGCGUCUUCGUCACCGCCCAAGCCUCCAAACAACGCCGCCAGCACCACCAUAACCACCAUGCUCGAUCCACAGUCGUCGCCCUACCCCGACGCCGCGGCCUCCAGCGUCAGCUCAGCGAGCAGCAGCAGUACCAGCAGCAGCCAGGCGGACCGGUCGUCGACCUUCUCCCUGGACUCGUCGUCGGCCGCGACGCCGUCGUCGUCCCCUCCGCGGCCGCACCGGGCGAGCGACGUGGCGUGGGCGCCCAUCCGGGGCCGGGCGCUCGGCCCGCGGGACUUCACGCUCCUCCGCCGCGUCGGGGCCGGGGACAUCGGCACCGUCUACCUCUGCCGCCUCGAGGGCGGCCAGGCCGAGGGCCCCGCCCCCGCGUGCGCCUACGCCAUGAAGGUGGUGGACCGCCGCGCGCUCGCCAAGAAGGGCAAGCUGGGCCGCGCCGCCGCCGAGAAGCGCGUCCUGCGCCGGCUCGACCACCCGUUCCUGCCCACCAUGUUCGCGGACUUCGACGCCGGCACGGACUUCUCGUGCAUCGUCAUGGAGUUCUGCCCCGGCGGCGACCUCCACUCCCUCCGCCACCGCAUGCCGGGCCGCCGCUUCCCGCUCGCCUCCGCGCGGUUCUACGCCGCAGAGGUCCUCCUCGCGCUCGAGUACCUGCACAUGAUGGGCAUCGUGUACCGCGAUCUCAAGCCGGAGAACGUGCUCAUCCGGGGCGACGGCCACAUCAUGCUCACCGACUUCGACCUGUCGCUCGAGUCCACGGCGUCGCCGUCGCUGGAGGACGCCAGGAGCGGGGGCGACAGCGGGCGGGCGCCGGCGCCUACCUGCCUCCCGAUCCCGGAGCUGCAGCUCCUCCGGCUGCGGCGGUGGAAGCGCCGCGCGGCCGCGCCCCGGCCGCGGUUCGUGGCGGAGCCCGUGGACGCGCGGUCGAGCUCCUUCGUGGGCACGCACGAGUACGUGGCCCCCGAGGUCGCCCGCGGCGGCGGGCACGGCGCGGCCGUGGACUGGUGGGCCUACGGCGUGUUCCUCUACGAGCUCAUCUACGGGCGCACCCCGUUCGUGGGGGAGACCAACGAGGCCACGCUCCGCAACAUCGUGCGCCGCCCGCUCGAGUUCCCCGCGGCCCCGGCGGCCUCCCACGGCGACGACGCCGCGGCGCGGGAUCUGAUCGCGCGGCUCCUGGACAAGGACCCGCGCACCCGGCUCGGGUCGAGGCGCGGCGCCGCCGACGUGAAGGCGCACGGCUUCUUCAAGGGCCUAAACCUGGCGCUGCUGCGGUCGUCGCCACCGCCCGUGGUGCCGCCCCCCGCCGCGCCGCUGCACCGGUGCGACGACAAGGCCGCCGACGUGCAGCAGCUGUUCGAUCACUUCUGAUGCCGUCGUCCAUUAUUCAGAAUCAAAGCAAAAGCAUUUUUGUUGUUGAUCGAUCGAUGAAUAGAUACUAGCCAGGACCCGGACUAACCAUCCAGCUGGGGUAGGCAGAGAUGCAAGCCCGUGUUGACUAGCUAAUUAUUACGAUAGUACACCAUUAGCACGGCAGUUCUGUACACCGCUGUUAAUUACUACUAAUCAAUGGAUUAAGAUUAAU